AUGGUCCCAAAUGAGGACCAUCAGUACAUUGGAGUAAUACAACUUCUUCUCUGUUUUGGAUGGACAUGGAUUGGAGUCUUUGCUUCUGAUAAUAAUAAGGGAGAACAUUUCUUGCAUAAAAUGCAGCCAUUGCUUUCCCAGAAGGGCAUCUGUUUGGCUUUCACACAAAAUAUUCCACAACUAGCCCACUUGGAAGACUUGUCAGAAUUCUUUGAUGUAAUCUCAAUUAUUUCUGAAAACUUGAUAGAUCCUAAAGCAAAUGCUUUUCUUGUCUAUGGAGAAUCACUCACAAUUAUGUGGCUCAGAAUGGUUGUAUUUCUACGUGAUCAUGAAAAUAAAGAGAGUGCAUCAUUCAGAAAGGUUUGGAUCCUGAUGAACCCGAUUGAUUUCAUACUGACAGGUCUUCAAAGGGGUUGGGAUCUCCAGAUGUUCCAUGGGGCUCUUUCCUUUACCAUUCAUUCAAGAGAAGUUCAAGGGUUCAAAGAAUUUCUUCAAGUCAUCAAACCUUCAAUGCACAAAGAUGGAUUUCUUCAAGAUGUUUGGGAACAACUGUUUGACUGUUCAUUUUCAAACACAGAAUCAGCCUCAAUGAUCAGUGAAACCUGCAAUGGAGAAGAGAAUUUGGAGAAUCUGCCUGGGCCUCUCUUUGAGUUGCAGAUGACUGGCCACAGCUACAGUAUUUACAAUGCUGUUUAUGCAGUGGUACAUUCUUUGCAGGAGAUAGUGAGAUCAAGAUCCAAACAGAGAAAAAUUCCAGUAUUUGAAUUUCCAGAUCUGGAGCCUUGGCAGCUCCAUAAGUUUCUUCAAGGGGUUUCUUUUAACAACUCAGCAGGAGAAGGAGUCUUCUUUAAAGACAACAGAGAAGGUCCAGGUGGCUUUGACAUCCUCAAUAUGAUCACUUUUCCAAACAGAUCCUUUCAGAGAGUAAAAGUUGGAAAAUCCUUUCAGAGAGUAAAAGUUGGAAAGUUAGACCCCAAUGCUCCAAAAGGAAAAGAACUCAUCAUUGAGGAGAAAGGAAUCCUUUGGCACCCAGGUUUUAACCAGGUUCUUCCACUUUCUCUUUGUAAUGAGCACUGUUUCCCUGGAUAUUGGAAGAGAAGGUUCGAAGGGAGACCGUUCUGCUGCUAUGACUGUGUUCCCUGCCCAGAACGGAAGAUUUCAAAUCAAAAUGAUAUGGAUGACUGUUUUGAAUGUUCAGAAGCUUAUUAUCCAAAUGAAGAAAAGAAAGGAUGUACCUUGAAACCGGUGGUUUUUCUAACUUUGGAAGAAACAUUAGGAAUUGGUUUAGCCUCCACUGCUCUUUCUUUCUUCUUCGUGACAUCUUGGGUUCUUGGAACAUUUAUUAAGCACAGGGAUACUCCCAUUGUUAAAGCCAACAACCGGGCCCUCUCCUACACCCUCCUUGUCUCUCUUCUUCUCUGUUUCCUCUCCUCAUUUUUCUUCCUCUGCCAACCUGGCCAGGUCACCUGCCUUCUCCGACAAUCCACUUUUGGCAUCACCUUCUCAGUGGCCAUUUCUAGCAUCCUGGCCAAAACCAUCACUGUGGUGGUCGCUUUCAUGGCCAUGAAACCAGGAUCUCGGAUGAGGAAAUGGGUGGGGAAAAGAUUGGCCUUUUCUACUGUCCUUUCCUGCUCUCUCUUCCAAGUCUGGAUUUGUACUCUUUGGUUGUCAACAUCUCCCCCAUUCCCCGAGUUAGACAUGCACUCAGAAGCCAAAGAAAUUAUUUUCCAGUGCAAUGAGGGGUCAGCCUCCUUCUUCUACUGCAUCUUGGGCUACAUGGGGAUCUUGGCGUUUGCCAGCUUUCUUGUGGCCUUUCUUGCCCGUAAAUUGCCUGACAGUUUUAAUGAAGCCAAGUUCAUCACCUUCAGCAUGUUGGCCUUCUGCAGUGUGUGGGUCUCCUUUGUUCCAGCCUAUCUGAGCACGAAAGGAAAGGCCAUGGUAGCCGUGGAGGUCUUCUCCAUCGUGUCCUCCAGUGCUGCAUUAGUGGGAUGCAUCUUUUUGCCAAAAUGCUUCAUCAUUGUUUUCAGGCCUGAGCUCAACCACAGGGAGCAACUAACAAAG